GGGGCUGUCAAUAUCCUCCGGAUUCACGUGGGAGAAGGUGUGUAAAGCCGUGCCGCCCCGGUCUGUCUGAUCAGCAAGGUUACUGCGCGCCCGCUGGAUCGGCAGCGCCCUCAUGCACGGUCCUACAUAAGCAACCUCUUCGCCUCGUUUCACGCACCGAGUUACAGUGGUUUGGCCCCCGGCGGCGCAAGGGAUAAUCGAUAAUAUGCCCGGCCACAGCAUGCCCCAUCCUCACCACGCCUAUACCUUCGACGGCGGCGCGGACCCGUACAACCAUCACCACCACCACUUCAACCCGUUGUUCGACGACGCAGAGGACGGCUCUCAUCCUCACCACCCUCACCUCGUCCACGCUCAUUCGGACGCUGUCUUGUAUGAAAUUCAUCCCGCCCUCGUUGACGCGCAUUAUGCCGGCGUGCAUUUGGGGGCGAGGCAUUCGCGGUCGUACGACUCGCACCACCCGUCCUCAGAUCACCUCAAUUCGCCCAUUCACGACGGAGAACCGAUAGUCGACCAGCCGAGUCUUGCUUUCCCCAACGCAAGCUGGCCCACCACGCGCACGUCGUCCCCCGACCCCUCCCGCCCCGUGUACCACUCCCCUUCGGCAUCCGCCUUCGAUUUCCAUCCUCGAAGGCCGCCAUUCACGCGAGGCUCGUCCAACGGGUCGUCGUGGUCAUCCACCACGACGUCCAGCACCUUCAGCUCCAGUUCUUCGACGUCAUCCGGACCUUCUACCCCGUAUCCUACGAGUCAUGAUCGACAUCAGUCCCAUUCCCGCCUCCUGGAACUCGUGCCCAAGCGCCAAUUUACCGGUUAUCAGCACUUUGAUUCGGAGGAUAGCGGACAAUCUACACCACACGGAGCGCGAUCGAUUUCCCCGAAGGAAAUCGUAUACCACGACACCGUCAACAACUAUUGGCAGCAGGCGUUGUCCGUAAUAUCAAACGCCUCUGGUUCAACGCGAUUGCUUCUCCUGCUCGCCCUUUUCCUCUCCGCGUACUUCGUUCUUCGAUGA